UUUGACAGAGCCGGCGGGCUGUGUGCGCCUAGGACUCCAUCCCCCGCCAGCCCCCGCGGCUUAAGUCGUUGCCUCUUCCUGUUUAGGGGACAAGUCGCCCGACGGCCGACAGCUACGAGGUCUGCGAAGGGAUCUUCACCUCCCGAUCGGGUUUUCCAAGGUAGAGGGAUUGGCCUGCUGAGGAAUAACUUCCUCAGUGCCUAGAACCUGCGACAAAUGGCAGAUGCGGAUAGUGACUCUAGGCAUCUUAUCUCUGAGGUAGAUGAUGAAGUAAAUCCUGGACCUAUGAAUAUCCAGUUUGAUUCAUCGGACCUGAGAUCUAAAAGGCCUUUCUAUAUAGAGCCUACAAACAUCGUCAAUGUGAAUGAUGUCAUUCAGAGGGUUAGUGACCAUGCCUCUGCUAUGAACAAGCGGAUACAUUACUACAGCCGGCUCACCACUCCUGCAGACAAGGCACUGAUUGCUCCAGACCACGUAGUCCCAGCUCCAGAGGAAUACUAUGUGUACAGUCCAUUGGGCUCUGCCUAUAAACUCCAGAGUUACACUGAAGGCUAUGGUAAAAACACCAGCUUAGUAACAAUUUUUAUGAUCUGGAAUACCAUGAUGGGAACAUCUAUAUUAAGUAUUCCUUGGGGCAUAAAACAGGCUGGAUUUACUACUGGAAUGUGUGUCAUCGUGCUGAUGGGCCUUCUGACACUUUAUUGCUGCUAUAGAGUGGUGAAAUCACGGAGUAUGAUAUGUACAUUGGACACAACUACCUGGGAAUAUCCAGAUGUCUGCAAACAUUAUUUUGGCUCCUUUGGGCAAUGGUCAAGUCUCCUUUUUUCCUUAGUGUCUCUCAUUGGAGCAAUGAUAGUUUAUUGGGUACUUAUGUCUAAUUUUCUUUUUAAUACUGGAAAGUUUAUUUUCAAUUUCAUUCAUCACAUUAAUGACACUGACACUAUACUGAGAACCAAUGACAGCAACCCUGUGAUCUGUCCAAGCGCUGGGAGCAGUGGCCAUCCUGACAACAGCUCCAUGGUUUUCUACAAUGACACCCAAGUCCAGCAGUUUGAGAAGUGGUGGGAUAAGUCCAGGACAGUGCCGUUCUACCUCAUAGGGCUCCUCCUGCCACUGCUCAAUUUCAAGUCUCCUUCGUUUUUCUCCAAAUUUAACAUCCUAGAGAUAAGAUUUGAGUUUCCACAGCUGACCGGAGUGCUCACUCUUGCUUUCUUUAUCCACAAUUGUAUUAUCACACUCUUGAAAAACAACAAGAACCAGGAAAAUAAUGUGAGAGACCUGUGCAUUGCUUAUAUGCUGGUGACGUUGACUUAUCUCUAUAUUGGUUUCCUGGUUUUUGCCUCAUUUCCUUCACCUCCAUUAUCCAAAGAUUGCAUUGAGCAGAACUUCUUAGACAACUUCCCUAGCGGUGACAUCCUGUCCUUCAUUGCAAGGAUAUUCCUGCUGUUCCAGAUGAUGACCGUCUACCCACUCUUAGGCUACUUGGCCCGCGUUCAGCUCUUGGGCCAUAUCUUCGGUGACGUUUAUCCUAGCAUUUUCCAUGUGCUGAUUCUUAAUUUAAUUAUUGUGGGAGCUGGAGUGACCAUGGCCUGUUUCUACCCAAACAUAGGCGGGAUCAUAAGGUACUCGGGAGCAGCAUGCGGCCUGGCUUUCGUGUUCAUAUACCCUUCUCUCAUCUACAUAAUUUCCCUCUGCCAAGAAGAGCGUCUGACAUGCCCUAAAUUAGUCUUUCACAUUUUCAUCAUCAUUUUGGGCCUAGCGAACCUGUUUGCUCAGUUUUUCAUGUGAAAACUGUUUUCCCACCAUUUCUCGUGGUAUUCUGAACCUUGGCAACGGUUCUGCAUAAAAGAACUUGAAAAUG